CAUGAGCAGGGAGGAGGAGGUGGAGUUCAGGCAGAUGUGAGAAACGAUGGAGAUAUUAAUACCUAAUUUGGUUUUCUGGGCGGAGAGCUUCUCUUCUGUGCUGCUAGUAAAUCCAGUCAGGGGGCUGAGGAGUUGCAAUCUACGACCUAACUCUACCAGUGGUUGUUCUGGAGAACAGAGAAGAGCUGCAGCCAAGUAUCAGAAAGAUUUUCCUGCCUAAGUGGCUGAUUAUAAAAAUCUAAGGGAGUGACUCCUGAGAGUAAGGAAACUGGUCAGCUUCUUUUAUCAUAUAUAAGAAAUCUCAUCAUGGCUAUAGUUCUGCACUCCAGCCCUCUGUUGUGGACACGAUUGGCAGCCCUGGUAUUCACCUGUCUGGCCUUCUCUUUGGCCGUGCACGGUGCCAAUCUCUACCGCGGUACCGGAGAUUGGUGCAUUUUCUGCUGGGCCUUCAGCUUCGGCGGCACUCUUCUCGUCCUCCUGGUGGAGCUGUUCGGCUUGCAGACCAGAGCCCCUGUUUCUUGGAAGAACUUCCCCAUCACCUUUGCCUGCUAUGCUGCCCUCCUCUGUUUGUCUGCCUCCAUCAUCUUCCCCCUGUAUUUCCUCAAGGGUUCCAUGAGCCAGGACAAGGUCCACAACUACCGCAUCGUCUCAACCGUCUUCUCCUGCCUGGCCACCAUUGCCUAUAUGAGCGAGGUGAGCAUCAGCAAGGCGCGCCCAGGCGAGGUGGCCGGCUACAUGGCCACCGCUCCUGGCCUGCUGAAAGUCUGCGAGACCUUUGUGGCCUGUAUCAUUUUUGUUUUCAUCAGUGAACCGGUGGUGUACGACCGUAUUGAUGUGCUCAAGUACUGCAUGUCCGUCUACUGCAUCUGCUUCAUCUUGUCAGCAAUCAUCAUCCUGCUCUGCAUUGGCGAUUGCACCAGUUGUCUCCCCUUUCCGUUUGCCCGUUUCCUGUCAGCCUACGCCCUGCUGGCUGUGGUCCUAUAUCUGUCAGUGACCAUCAUCUGGCCCAUCUUCAACUUUGACCCCAAGCAUGGCGGUUCAAAAGACAGGCCGUACAGCUGCAGAACCACAGAGGGGUUGUGUGUGUGGGAUAAGAUCAUGGCGGUGGCAGUGCUCACUGCCGUUAACUUCAUCCUCUAUUUGGCCGACCUCAUCUACUCCACCCGUCUGGUGUUUGUCAGCGCUUGAGGCUGGAGAAAGGGUGCAUAGCAAGAGGUGUGCUCCAAAUAAAAUUGAAUUUGGCCACUUUAUUAGAAGCUGUAAAACUGCUGUCAAACAUACUGCUGCAAGCAAAUGCUAGUGUCCUCAUCAUCUGGAUUCACUCUGAACAAAACAGAAGGCGCCAUAGUCAAAAGUAAAGGUGUAAAGGUGGCCUAAGAGUUUAUAGAAGGACAAAUUAGAGGCAGUGGAUCAGACAUUUCAGAGACUGACAGAAUAAGUUGAUCAAAAUCCAAAUCACAUGCUCUUCUUGCCCCAAACCAAAUUUUUUUUGCCUGUGUAGAUGUGCUAAAUUUAAUUUUGUAAGAAGUAUACUGCAUUACUGCGAAUCCUAGAGAGUUAGCAUGAAAACGAAGGGGGUGGAGGUUGACAUCAACAGCUUGUUUACAUGUUAUGUCCUUGAUAGAGGCUUUCCAUUCAUAUGCUUAGCUUCCGGGUACCUGUCUAUCUUGACUAUAUAUAUAUACAUAUAUAUAUAUAUAUAUAUAUAUAUAUAUAUAUAUAUAUAUACAUAAAAUACAGUUUGACAUUUUAGAAAACAGAAAAAACAAAAAACACAACAUGACAGAAAACUGCAACAGAAAAAACAUAGCAGAAAAAAUUCUAAAAAACAUAAAAACACAUUUUAAAAGAACGGGAUAUCUCAGAAACCAAGACACCACCAACACCAAGACUUUUUAUUCCUUUUUUUGCUGUUGAGUUUUAUCUUUUCUUGUCUUCUAAGUGGUUGUGUUUUUUAAAAUGUACUUUUUUUGUAUGUAUGUUUUUCUGUGAAUAUUUUGUUCAGACUUACUAAAUAAGACACAGAUUCUCCAGUGGAUGACUCCAACAAGAAAAAACCAAAAGUAUUAUGUGCUUGCAAACAUUUUUUUAUAUUGACAAAUGAAGGAAAGCCGAAGUAAAUGUUUCUUGUUUGUUGUUUUUAGUUUGUUUUCUAUUCUUAUAUAAUGCAUGUUAAUAUGUUAGUUUGAUGUUGAGGGUUUUUUUUUAUAAACCACCAAUCGACAAAGUAGUUAUUAUUAGAUAUUUGGAGUCAUGAUAAAGUGGUGACCCAAGACUUUAAAGUCAAGACAUUUUUAGGAUUUAGGAUUUUGAGAACUUUGUUUCUGCAGUGCAGCUGAUGUAAUUGCCUUUUCAUCACCAGUCAUUUUUACGUGCUCCAAAAGUUGAAAGACUUGAAGUCAUGCUAAAUGAGUGUACACAAUAUUUAGAUGAAUGCUAAGCUAGCUUUUGAUCUUGUAAUAAUAUUGUUUAUCUGCAGGUUGCAAUAAUUGGCAAGAAUAUAUGUGAAAACUGCAUACUUUAGAAUUCAAGACAAUUAUAGUUAAAGUGCACUUACUAUUUGUGUUUGUUUAUAGUCUUGUUGUCUUCAAACAUAAAAGUAUCCACUAAUUGCAAAUCCUCACCACUUUUCAUAUACAGUAAAAUGACUAGCUUUUCCUUUUAUAUAAAUAUACAUAUAUUUCACCACCACUUCAGAUUUGUCCAAAUCCUGUUCUCGAGAGCUUCUGUCCAGGCUUCCGAUGUUUUCUGGCUUACUCUCACCUUGCUUAAAUAAUUGGGUCUUUAACAAGCUUAUAGAGAACCUGAGGGCAAGCUUUUAAAGAAGUCCAUUUCAUUUGAAUCAGGUGUGUAAGAAUUGAGAAACAUCUCAGAUCUGCAACAGCCAACCCUGAACUGUUUCUAGAGUGAAAACCACAUCAGUGUUGUAGGAAAAUGUAAUCCAGUCUUUUAAUAAAACCACACUGUAAACAAA